GUAUCGGUUCAUUAGUGUUGUUAAAUUAGUAUGAACAGAGAUUGAAAGUUGUUGUUUCGUAUUGUGUCGUCAUCCUACUUUUCUCCUACAUCGUCAGCCUACUUUUGGGCGUCGCAGUUUAUAGUUUUAAUGUCGUCCCUGAUUAAUAACUCAGCAUAAUGAGUAGACUUCGAAAACUUUUACAGCAAAUAAAUUUGACCGAACCGCGACAGCAACCUUCGUAUGUUAUGCGGAAGGACUCGCUUAUGUACGUCUCCCAAGAGGAGCCUGAAACCAGCUUUCCAAUUAAACAAUUUGUAUCAGAGGAUUUGGAAGUCAGCAGUCAGUACGGUGCACACAACAGUAUCACUUAUACUGCCCUCAACUUGCGAGGGAAAACAAACCGCUUUCCGUCUUCUGGUGAUUUUUCGGAUACUUAUAUGCUGGCACAGUACGGGCGCUGGUGGCAAGAGGCACCGUCGUUUAGUCCGGACUUUGGAAUUGCAAAUUUACCAAUCGAGUUAAAUUGUCCUGUGGACGACUACAUUGUAGUUAAGUUCGAGCAAGCCGUUUACCCUACUCGCGUAGAAAUUUUCGAAACGCUAAAUGCCGGGUCGGUGUAUCGCUUGUGGGUUUACACAGUCCUAAAAACAUGGGUGCUCAUCUGGGACCGCUCCGAUGACACGGUGCUACAAAACGUACGGGGUGAAGGUACAGCCAGAAUAUUCGUUCCAUGCAUACGUCGCAUCAAUUCGAUUACUAGUAUUUUGAAGGUGGAAUUCAGCCACCGCCAUCAGUCGUAUUAUAGUGCCAUCGAUGCGAUAGCAUUAUAUGGCGAACCACCAAGCUGCGUUUCGAAAAGUACGGCAAAAACAAGCAUCGUAAAAGAUUCAACAUCUGUUGUUGAAAAUGAAAAUAGCACGCUAACACUGAGUGACUUGCCGCAAGAAAUAAUUUAUCACAUUUUUAAAUACUUGGACUUGAUCUCUCUAAAGCAAGUAGAGCACGUUUGCCCUAAAUUUGCUACUGUUACCAAAGAUUGGCGCCUUUAUCGGGAAGUAAAUUUGCGUCCGUACUGGAUGAUGGCCGACGAUGCCCUGAUUGAUUGGUUGGCAGAACGUGCCUCGCAUAUUGAGAUGCUGGAUUUAUCUUGGUGUGGAUCUUAUGGUGGAUUUGGCGAAUCACAUAUCGAAAGACUACUACUUCAUGGAGGCGCUGGUAUUAAGAAAAUACGAAUCAAUUGUAACUAUCACGCGCACUUUGUGAGCCGGCUUAUCUACAACAAAGGUCUAGAGUUGGAAGAAUUUAGCGUUGCCAAUUCGCCAAUUGAGCCAUACAUUUGUUCGGACUAUUUAUGGCAAUCCUUGCAACGGCUGAACGUGUCAUAUACCAACAUUCGGACGCGUUCGUUGCUCGGAAUCCUAAGCACAAGUCGUCAUUUACGUCACUUGAACGUCAACUGUUGCACGACCCUUGACAUGACGGCCGUGUUGGAAAAGCUCGGCACGAGUAAUCUCGAUCUUGUUAGUUGUAACGCAUUCAAAACAGAACCAUUUCCAGAAUCGUCGUUACUGGCUCUUCGAAAAUGCACCAAGCUCCAGGAGCUAGACAUCGGCUGGUCGACCAUCAAUAACGAGUGGCCACCGUUAGCAUUACAGGCAUUGGUGCGAGAAUGUGGUAGCGGGCUGAAGAAACUCUUUCUUGGAGCGAUGAGGGGCUUACUCGACGAUGACUUGCUGACCAUCGCAUCCCACUGUUCGGUAUUAGAACAACUGGCUUUGGUUGGGUGUACGAACGUGACCCCAGCGGGGGUGGAAACGGUGCUCAGUAAUUGUAGAACGCUGCGUCUUCUAGAUGUCAGUCACUGCAUGACCAGAGAUUGUCAGAAUCUAGCGACGUGGGCGAAGCUUUAUCCACAGAUAGACAUUCAGUGUGUUGUACGUACAGAAGAAGACUAAAGCGAGUAAACCGCCGUUGAUAGACAGCAGUGUAUCCUCGCAAAAAUACUGAACUAAAAGGUUGUAACUUAUCGGACUGUCUAGCUUAGAUACUUAUUACAAAUCUCAUUUAACACUUAAUAGGAAACUCAAACAUGUAUCAGUGCAUUUUCCUUGUAUUCGUUCUUUUGGAAAUAUAAUAUCCUAAUACUAUU